AUGCUAAACAAGGGGCUUAUUUUGGAAACUUACAAAAGUAACAAAGGAGAGAGGGUUGGAAUCAAGUUCAUCAAAGUCGCCAUCAUUCAAGAUGAAGCAUAGAUCUGUCACAUAAAAUCAGAUGCAUUACAUCUUAUUUUUAAAGAAAUCUAAUGGGGAAGGGAAAAAAAACUAAAUAGGUAAAGUUGCCCUGGUCAUAAGUAAACUCUUGUCAGAGGAAAAAAAAUUGACAGUGCACUGGUUUCAUUUAUUAUUAUUAUUAUUUUAUUAGUAGUGAAAGCCUAGGGCAGAAAAAAAUCAUGAACUGUUGCAGCUUAAUAACAGGACUGAUCAGUGAAUAAAAGGCGGGUUUGAAGAAAAGUGAGUGAGUUAUUUCUUUGGGAUCUUGUUUGCUCUAACCCUUUUUAAGUCACGCAGUUUUAUUUUUUUUCUGGUUAUUUUUUUUUUGUUAUAGGAAAAUAGGCCCCCAAAUACUAUCCAUCCCACAAGCGUCAUUUUAAUGUUCAUCAUUUCAAAUCAGUUAUAUUUUUUAACAGGAUCUUUUCUUUACUUCAUUCAAUUUAUCCAGCAAAGUAAACAGAAAAUCAGUGAAUUCCCUCAAUCAGGUUAUAAUGUGGAAUGAAGUAACUUGGCAAAAGAACUUUGUGGCAGGAGCAAUAAAACAAGUCAUCUAGAAGUCCAAGAAGGUUGGCUGCAAAAUUGCUGGCUGUCCAUAAGCUCAAUGGGUACUUGUGGCAUGCUCGAAAAAACACCAUUUUCAAAUGAUAUGAAUGAAGAAUGUCAGGGCAUUUUAAAUGCAAAACCUUAUUUGAGAUAUACUCUGUAACAUGUUAUAGCAGCUGCACGUUGUGAUGCUAUUUCCUGCAGAACAAGUUCUAUGACACUAAAAAGGGAGUCUCCAUUCCACCUUUGGUUGUCCACUCAUUUGAGCACUUUCCAACAAGAUGAAGAUGCUCAUGUUGCACUUUACCAAAAACCUCUUGACUGAGCCAGUUUGGCUUUCCAUGUACUUUACCCAUGACGGGUAUUCCUUUGGCAGACAAUCAGAAGGCAACUCUAAUGCCACAACCAAAUCGCAAUUGAUUGUAGUGUUUUGAAAGUCCAAAGAACAUAGACAAAGUGACAGCUGGUGGAUUGAAUUUUAACCGGAAUCUCUCAUUUAGUAAUGGGAUUUGUGCAAAAAUAUGUUCAAUUUGCCGAUACAAGUCUUCUACCAUCAGUAAUGGAUUAAACUUCCACUUCCCUUUCCUCUUUGGAUCGCUUGGAACAAUACUAAAUUGAGCCCAUCGUCUUCUGUAUUCCUUAUCAUUUAAAGAACAAAACGAAAUAUCCCUCGCUUGUAUCUUCUUGUUUCAUCAGUAUGGCUGGGACUGUCUGCGGAUCGUCCUAUUUCAAUGUCUCGAAACACACACAGUAUAUCCAUCUCAAUUCAAGAUGGGCUUUCCAUCCCCCGUCGUUCAAAAUUAGGAAUAUUCCUCCUUCUGCCGUACUGCCAGUCAGACAAACUCCACUUCCUUGUACAGAGGUGUUUCCUUAAAGGCUUGUACAAACAGUUCUUGAUUGCACCGAACACAGAUGGAAAUAUCUGUUUCGAUAAAUCAUCCUAAUUUGAAAACCACCUUCAUCUAAAUGCUCAUGUAGAGCUUUAUUCGAGCUUACAAUUGAAUGCCCAGAUAAGCGGUCAAUUUCAUCUCCAACUUGCGCCAUAUUAAACUGCUCUCGCUCGUGGCUACGUCAUGUACAGGACAUAUCUUGUAUCUUUAUAGUACUGCUGAAUAUUUACUUUCGUCUCCGUGGUUCAGUCCUCGCUCUUAUUUAUUCACUUCCGCUACAGUCAGAGCUGGUCACACUGCACCGAAGUAUAGCAUCAAACCUAUCAGAUAUGUGACUUCCCACUUUGGAGGUCGUUCCAUGUGAAAUUAACAAGCCUAGUCCUAUUGGACUUGGGAGAAUAGGGCUUGUUCUUCUUCCUUUUGCCCACUGUUUUAUAACUUUCAAAAAAAAGCCUUUUCAGUAAGAUGACUGGAGCUCGCAUCCCCUACUUUGACGCAUAAUAGAAGGAGCUCAUUUGGCUUUACUCUGGUGGGUUGAGUUUGACUUUGUUUUUGGUUCCACGGAUUCUCAUUUCGCCCUCCGCGAUUCCCCUGCUAAAAAGUUUCCGUUCUAUCAAAACCAUAAUGGGUUCUUGGAUCUUUCUCAAAGUCACAGACACCACCAAUCAUUAAACGACUCGUUUAGAGUUUCCUUGUAGGUAAAUAAUUAAUUUUAACCGAUCUUUUGCUGCUUUCCUGGCCGGGUCUAGUAAAUGAUUAAUGUAGCCAGAGGAAACUCAGGGAAAGAUAGUGUACCGGUAGCCGUGGGAAGGGAGGAAAUAUAAAUCCCCUAAAAACUCUAAUGGGAGGCAAGUAACCCGGCGGAAGUCAAAUUACACAGAUAAAGCAUCGCAUUUCCGUCCGUGGUUUACCGCAAACGGCAAACAUGAGAUUCAAGUUGAGAAAUUUCAAAAUGAGAUACGAGCAGAUAAAAACGGCUCAAAACAAUUCUUAUGGAUAGAAUUGGCCUUAAUCUACCGAUUUUCGUGUAGUUAUAAUGAACAGUAAACGACAAGUCAUUGAAAGAGGAAACACGACAAACGUAAAUUGUACCACGUGACCAAGUUUUCCAUUCACUUUUCGUUUAGAAUACUGUUCAUUCAGUAACUACACGAAAAUCGGUGGAGGGUCGGUAGAUUCACGCCAACUCUAUCCACAACAACUGUUUUUGUCUGCUCAUUUCUCAUGUUUAAAAAUUUCUCAACUCGAAUCUCACGUUUCCUGUUUGCCGUAAACGCGAUUCUGAUAAUCUCUAUAUUGGUAGUUCUUCUUUUGACUCGCUCUCAGUGGCUGCAUUCAAUCAAUCGGCUGAAUAACUUAUUUUUGAGUCCCCCCUAGCUAUGGGCCCAUCUAGGUAAAAAAAAAUACAUUCGAUUAUAAGCACCCCGGGAUAAAAGCUCCCCUGUAACCGUAUUAUGACGUUUGGAAACUUAAUUAAAAUCAGGAACUGAAUAACAUAUUUUGAUCUGCACUUCUAGGUUUUUUCGAAGCGCUCUAUCUAUUACGGUUUUAAUACCCCUCAAAUAUAAACUCCUCCGUUGCCGCCCUCUAUAAGCCCAAGGGCUUAUAAAAGCUUGUUAACGGUAUUUUAAAAUAACCCAGGUUCACUCGGGUGAGAUGAUAACAUCGUCCCUAGGGCCCCUCUUCCUGUUUGUGAGAUCACAAAGAAAGUUGCAAGGAAAAAUUCUUGUUGUAAAUUUAAUCAAACGGAGGAAAAGUGAUUCACAGUAAUUGUAUGAAGUUGUGGAACGAUGCCCUUUACCUGCAGUUCAGAGCGUCAAAAAAAUUUUCUCUAAAGAAUAUGAUGAAGGAUUUUGCCCUCAUUUCAAGCACUGGAAUUUUUGCUUGUCGUUGAUUGGGUUGUUUGUCCUGUAAGUUAAGCUCACCUUAAAUUACAGUGAGAUUUUUAUUUAGUACGAUACAAAACUAAAGGCAACGAACGAUCGUGCAGUUUCCUAUGAUUAUUUUCAGAAAUUUGGUGAAAUUAAGAAUACUUAGAGCUACAGUGCUAUAUAGUUAAGCAUUAACGUUUUUCAUCAAGUCGACCUUAAUUAGUUGCAGUUCAAAAACGCUGAUCACUUUUACGAUAAAAAUUUUGUUCUCGCGAAACCUCAUUUGUCCCAUAGAAACGCAUGGCUAAUAUCUCCGAGUCCUUAACCUUCCUUUCUUGUGCCGUAAUUUCAAUGUUAUUAAAAAACUUUCACAACUAAUUCAUAAAUUAUCUUACGAUUCAUUCGCAAGGACACAGUGGAACAUUUUUUUUCAAAUAGAGGCUGACUUAUAUCAAGUGGGGAUGCUGAAUAGACUCUCAGUCUUGAUUUUGAGACUAUUCAUUUUUAUUUUGUUUGGAAAAAGUGUGAAGACCCGACGUCCUUAAGGGAUUGUUUCAACAUAGCCUAUAAGUAAACUGAGAUUUGAAAAGAUUCGAAAAGCUUACCUCGAAACUUGAUUCAUUUGUAUUAAGUUUACUUUAAUGUCUCUCGUAUGAAGGUUUAUUUCUAGUUUAUUAAUUAGUUAAAUCAAAUGACCGCAUUUACAUUUCAUGCUUGCUUGAAUAACGUCAACAUUAAUACUAAUUCCCAUAGACUGAAAUAAACCUGUAGCUGAAUAUACUGAGAAAUGUGCCUAUCAAACGAUAAAUGUAAUGAUUUUUGUUUUAACGCGCAUUUUAAAGACCUUCUGAAAUACUUCUAACUAACCGAGUGAACACUACUUAUAUUUUUGAUUAAGACCAAAGUUCAGUCAGUGUUUAACGAUGUGUGCGUUUCAAAUGCAUUUUUCUUGUUUUUUGCCCUCAGGCUAUUCAUUCCUGUUGUCUGCAGUCAUCGUGUUCAGCAGACUCCUCUGGAGCAAAGGUACACUGGGAACGACCCGAGAGAUUCGCCUUGUGUCCAGGGCCCUUUAACUUUUUUUCCCAGCCUCGUUCCCAGUCGUUUGAGUCGUUCCCAUCGAUCAUCCUCUUCUCGGACUUCUCGCCUGUUCCGUACUCCCAUUAAACAUUAGGAAAGCCUGUGGAUCUAGGAGGCAGCUUUUUUUCCAGUGUUAGACAGAGCGGUAGCCUUGUACACUCGCUAUAUAUAUCAGUGCCCUUUUCGAUUAGAACUAUCUUUCUUUUGAAUAGAAAUUAUCUUAAUUGUCCUUUGGUUACCAUCACCGCUUUAUUGAUAUUUUAAACAGAGAAGAGGCAGCCUUUCCGAUGAAUUCGUAUCCAAAAUGAUUUUAAAUUCCUAAGAAAACGCAUUGCGAAUAAUGCUUCCCCUGAAUCUUCUUAACCGUUUCACUGGAUCACUCGUCGUGGAAGUGGCUGUACUGAAAAUUGUAAAAUAUUCUAUAUAGGCCUAUCGCAUAACAUACAGAAAAAAUUAUAACCUCAUACAGCUCAUUGAAGGUUUUCAUUUGAUCGGUCACAUCCUAGGAUUUCAUCCAUACACACACAGCUAGAAGCUGGACAUCGCAUCUUUCGUUAUUCAAAAAUUGACCGCUGGGUCAGUUUGGAGUUUUUGAAUUUAUGUUGUGUGAGUGUGUGUUUGUUAUUAUUUUACAGGCAAGAGUGAUCUACCAUCAGACCAUGACUCCAACAUGGUUGGAGGCUCAUGCGUCCUACAUCGACACUUCUCGCACAUUAACUGCUCAACAGCUGACAUUCUAUGCAGGUUCUGUGACUAACGCUGCUCUCUUAAAAGUUCCCAUGAUCCCUGCUGGUUUCUUGAAGCCCAAUACACCGCUGACUGUCGAGGUUAUCGCAGCACAUGACGUCAACAUCGGAAAGAAGCACGACAGCGAUAUCCGAUAUGGAAUCUCAGAUGGUACCAACUUUAUUGGGUUUGAAACUUGUGACAAGGGGAACUAUGGCGACUCCGCUCCCUGUUAUAAAAUUGAAGGGUCCUCUGGCACACAGUUAUCCUCCCUAAUGCAUGGACCCUACACUCCCAAGCCCAGUGACUCUUUCUAUCCCGGUCAGUUUGUGUUCACACUCAAAUUGGAUGAACGCUGGGGCUCGUGUUACACCGCGCAUGACGGAGGCUUUUUGAAGACCGUUGGCUACAAUAAGCGAUUGAUGCUAAACAAGGGGCUUAUUCUGGAAGCCUACAAAGAGAACAAAGGAGAGAGAGUUGGGAUCAAGUUCAUCAAAGUCACCAUCAUUCAAGAUGGAACAUAG